GCAACUUUAAAAAAGUAAUCCCAUAUUUAAAUCGAUUUUUCUGAUCGUGAUUAAUACAUGUAGCGAACAGAAAGGAAAAUAUCAAAAUAACUUUAGACUAUAAGAAAAGUAUCUGGUUGUGUAUUUGAUAUAUCUAUCAGUAUUCUUUUUAUACAUAUGCGCUGUGAAAUUAUAUAAUAACAAGCGUGAACAUUUUGACUUCGGACUGUUUCACCAUAAAUGACGAAGUAUUUUUUAAUGUAGCUUCAGGACGAAUCUUACAAUUUCUUCGAACAAGUUGCCAUAAACAUGUCUGUUUUGAUGCAAGAAACCACCUCUUUAAGUGGACAUGAAGAACAAGUAUGGUGUGUCGCCUGGGACCCAGAUGGCAGGCUGCUGGCCUCCUCCGGAAGUGAUAAAUGUAUACGAAUAUGGGGCCUGGAAGGUGAACGAUGGGUCUGCAAGUCUAUUUUAACUGACGGUCAUACUCGUACUAUCCGUUGUGUAGCUUGGUCACCUUGUGGUAAUUAUAUUGCAAGUGCAAGCUUUGAUGCAACGUGUGGCAUAUGGAGUCGUAAAAAUGGAGAAUUUGAACUUUUAGCAACUUUAGAAGGUCAUGAAAAUGAAGUAAAAUGUGUUGCAUGGUCUCACAAUGGCAACUUCCUUGCUAGCUGCAGCCGAGACAAAAGUGUUUGGAUAUGGGAAGUCACCCAAGAUGAAGACUAUGAAUGUGCCAGCGUGAUGAACUGCCACAAUCAAGAUGUGAAACACGUUACUUGGCACCCAUUUCAAGAUAUUGUUGUAUCCAGUAGCUAUGAUGACACUAUCAAAUUUAUUAAAGAAAGUACUGAUGAUUGGCAAGUAUCUGUCUCUUUGGAUUGUCAUCAAUCUACCGUAUGGAUGAGUUGCUUUGACAAAACAGGUGACCGACUUGUUUCAUGCAGUGAUGAUAAAACUAUUCGCAUAUGGCAGUGCUACCAGUCGGACAAUAAACUAGGUUUACCAACGAAUGAUGAUGGCUAUGCAUGGAAAUGUGUAUGUACUCUGUCAGGUUACCAUUCUAGAACUAUAUAUUCUGUGGAUUGGUGCCAUCUUACUGGUGAUAUUGUAACAUCUUGUGGAGAUGACUGCAUUCGAGUGUUUCGGGAAGAACCCAAUUCAGAUAAGGACCAACCUUCUUUUACACUUAUUUCCGUUGUGAAAUCGGCUCACUUGCAAGAUGUAAAUUGUGUAUCAUGGAAUCCUAAAAUACCUGGUUUGUUAGCAUCUUGUAGUGAUGAUGGUUUGAUAAAACUUUGGAAUUUACCUCAAGAAUGAUCAAAAUUACCUCUAAAAAAAAGGCUUUUUUUUUUUUUCAGUUUUAAAUUCCAAUUAUAUGUAGGAAAAAAUUCUAUAUUUUAUCUAAACAUACGUUCAUUCAUCCAUAGUGGAGACAAAACAAUAUGAGAUAAAAUAUGGUGCUUGAAGUCACUGUGUCUUUGGACACGACACUUAAUUCCACCUACUUCAAUUCACUUAAUUACUAGGAAUAAUCGUACCAGAACUUGGAAUAGGUACAUGUGAUAAAUUGGGAUGGACUGAUUUAAUGGCAUAAAACUGAAAUUAAGUCCAUCCCUGACCUCCCUUAAAAUCAUUGACACAGAUAAAACAGAUAAACACAUUGAGGCUGUUGAAGACAAGGAUAGACAGACUUAAUGCUAUAAAAGUGAAGUUAUGUCCAUUCCUGACCUUCCCUAAAAUCAUUGACAAGCACAUAAAUACAUUAGGUUGCUGAUACAUAUUCAAUACACCAUUUGAGUAAUUGCAAGCUAUUUUUUUAAAUUUGAUAUAUUUUAUAAAAAUCUGGAUUAAACUGUAAAAUUCCUAAAUUUCUAAUUGUUAUAUUGUUGAAGCAAUUUAAUGCAUUAGUCUAUUGAUAGUUGAUUUUGUGUGUGUAUUUGUUGUUUUGUUUCUCCACUAAAGCUGUUACACAAUUUU